ACUAUUACUAAUCCCACCCGCCUUUCUAGCCUUCCUUUCUCUCUUUCCUUCUCCAUGUGAGACUCUUAACUUUUUGUUGCUGCAAAUCAGGGACCAUUUCUCUCUCUCGAUGAUUUUCUUCUUCUUUUUUUUUGUUUGUUUGUUUCCCUUUCCCUUUCUUAUAAAGACCCCAUAAAACUAAAAUAGCACUAAAAUGGGAGAGUGACACUAUCUAGAACUCUCUCUCUCAUUCGGUUAUUGAUAUCUCUCACUUGUCUUUCUUUGAUCCUUUGGGGAAAUGGGUUUGCUUGAUUUGCGGUGUUCUUGAGAAGUUUGUUUUUGUAUUUUUCAUUUGUUUUGCAGAUAAAGCUGCAAAAAUGAAAAUGUUUUCUGUUACAAGGUUGCUUCUUUGUAUUGCUGUUGUUUGUUUGUACCCAGUUUCUGCUCUGCCUCAUAGUGCUGAGCUCAACAGAGAUCCUCUCAAGUUUAUCUUAGGAGAGCGGAAUUUGGGGCCAUGGAGAAAUGGAAUUUCUGCAGAAGCACCAGGGCCUUCUGAUGACGCCACACUUGUACUGGCUGCUAAGAGGACUAAUCGACCAGACGUUCUUCGCAGUUUUAAGCAUUACAAGGAUGGUUGGGAUAUCAGAAAUCGCCAUUACUGGGCUUCUGUUGGUUUCACUGGUGCUGCUGGGUUCAUUUUGGGCGCACUGUGGUUUUUCUCAUUCGGCUUGGCCCUUACGAUACGUUAUUGCUGUGGAUGGAGAAUUAAUAUUAACGGCAAGGGAUCAGAUCGGUCUCGGAGGAUUUGUCUCAUAAUGCUUAUAAUGUUCACAUCUGCUGCAGCGGUUGGGUGCAUUCUUCUAUCUGUGGGUCAGGAUGAAUUUCAUGGUGAAGCCAUGCGUACUCUGAAGUAUGUAGUAAACCAGUCAGACUACACCGAGCAAACACUGAGAAAUGUCACAGAGUAUCUUUCCCUUGCAAAGACCAUCAAUGUGGCCCAUGUAUUUCUUCCUUCCAAUGUCUUGGAAGAUAUUGACAAGCUGAACAUAGAUCUAAAUACUGCUGCUGGUACACUGAAAGAGAAGACAAGUGAUAAUGCUGGAAAAAUAAUAAAAGUGUUCAAUGCUGUGCGAUCAGCAUUAAUCACUGUGGCAGCAGUGAUGCUUAUCCUGGCUCUGCUUGGUUUUAUCCUUUCUAUCCUUCAACACCAACAUGCAGUUCUCAUUUUUGUAGUGAGUGGGUGGUUGCUAGUGGCAGUUACAUUCAUUCUGUGUGGAGUUUUUAUAAUCCUUAACAAUGCAAUUUCUGAUACCUGUAUAGCGAUGGAAGAGUGGGUAGAUCAUCCUCAUGCAGUGACAGCUCUUAGCAACAUCCUUCCAUGUGUUGACCAGAGUACAACAAACAAGACACUUGUCCAGAGUAAAGAAGUGAUCAACGACAUUGUAAAUGUUGUCAAUACGUAUAUAUACACCUUUGCAAAUGCAAAUCCCUCCCCUACUGAAUUCAAUUACUAUAACCAGUCUGGACCUUUCAUGCCUCCGCUUUGUUACCCAUUCGACUCUCAGCUUCAAGAUCGUCAAUGUGGGUUUCAAGAGGUGUCAAUGACAAAUGCAUCUGUGGUUUGGAAGAACUACCUUUGCGAUGUUUCAUCUGCUGGGCUGUGCACUACAGUUGGUAGGGUGACCCCUGAUAUCUACAAACAGUUGGUGGCAGCUGUUAUUGAAAGCUAUGCUCUGGAGCAUUAUACCCCAGUUCUGCUCAGCCUCCAGGAUUGCAAAUUUGUCAGGGACACGUUCCAAGAAAUUACCUCAAACUAUUGUCCUCCAUUAGAACAUUAUCUGAAGAUUGUAAAUGCAGGACUGGGCCUGAUCUCAGUCGGAGUUUUGCUCUGUCUUGUUCUCUGGAUGCUAUAUGCAAACCGCCCCCAAAGGGAGGAAGCGUUUGUGAAGCCACCCUUGUCAAUGAAGGGCAGCAAUAGUAGCAGAACUGAUAAGACUGGUACUAAACUGAACGACAACGAUGAUGCAGCAUUUUCUAUUGCAAGUGAGGUUUAGUGAAUUCCAAAAUCAAUACAAAAUCAUAUCAAUUUCUGAGUUUUGUAUGUAUCCCACAACUAGGGAAAAUACCAAGAUGGGGCAAAGUUCCAUUUUGAGUAGUAGGACAGUAGCGCAUAUGUAGCGUAUAGAUGAAGUAAAUUGUCUUAUAGAUCAAGUAAAUUGUCUUGUUCAUCUUUUACCAUCAGCUGUUUCUUCUGUGAAUAGAAGUUGAAAAUGAAAUGAAAAUCGCCUCUUAAGAGA